AUGGGCAGUUCAUCAUCCUCUCUCGGCAACACGACGCCUUUGGCCACCACGACGUUUCUGGCCACAACCACAACGUCUCUGGCAACCUCGACACCUCUGGUCACAGUCGCAACGCCUCUAAGCAAAGGCGCCGUGACUGACUUGGGGUCCUUGUCGCUGCAGUCUAUGGCAGAUGAGGAGCUGAUCACCUGCCAUACAUACACGUACUACAUGCCGACGACAGACGAAUCGUCUCAGACCGGAUGGAUGACGACGUGGGGUUGCUGGCUCACGAUCAGUACACCACCGUGUGUUUAUUGGAGGACCUACGGAACGUCGUCGAGCUGCGUUCCUCUCGAACAGGCUACGCAGACUCCGGGCUUUGGACUACCUGCGACAACUCCUGCCACUAUAACGGUCAGCGGUCCGGCGCCCAUCAUCACUCCCACGAGGACUAAUCCGCCGUCUGGUACGGGACCGAGCGGCUGUACCUGGACAUCCAGAUCUCAGCCACGUGAAUGCUGGAGCGAUACCAUCGAAAUCACCGACUGGGCGCCAUCCACGAUUGCCACGUGCACAAAGUGGUACACCUUCUUCCAGACGCCGUUCCGAGGCGAAGACGGAAAAAGUUCCUAUCCUAUCUCGUCAACAUGCGACAGCCGAACGGAGGAAGCUGUUUCGACCUCAACAUACACUCUGAUCACGGAGACGUGGGUGUCGUGGGCAUCUGGAGCUACAACGAUACUGACUUCGCCAACGAUCACCGCGACUAGUUUGGUCAGAAGCGGAAGGCCGAGUGCAACCGCCAGGUAAGUCGCUUCUCGAACUCUCCAAAUAUCGUUGCAUACUGACCGAUUACAGUGCCAGUCCAGGAUCGAACGACGUAUGGAUCAAGCUCAACUCGGACCUUCGAAAGGAGACCAUGUGGGAAAUAUCGAAGAAACUCUGCGUAGAAGUCGACUCCAACUAUCCCUCCUGCGCUCCCGACACCCUGAUGCCUUGGGGAGUUGACCAAAUCAUAGAAGGACUUGACUACAAAAUGAAUGGUAUCGAUGUCUCGCAAGUCGAUCCUAGGGUCUUGGCAAUCGACCCUCGGAUUCGACAAAAUCCAGCCCUCCUGGACUAUACUCUCACCAAUGCGAUGGGGCAGAGCUUUGCGUACAAUAUAUCGCAUGGACUCAAGAUAGACGAUCUGGUCAAGCUUGAUCUGGGGCAGCUGGCGGAAGUUCAGAAAAAUCUUUUGGAGGAUAUGGACAAUCCACAGUAAGUUCAUUAUUGACGCAACUCCCAUGUGCUUGCAUGCAAAACACAGCACACAAGCUGACGAACAUCAGACAGGAACCGCUCUACUACCGGCUCAUCUGCAAUCUUGAAAAGCGUGGCACAACCAUGGACACGCAAGAGGUCGCCGCAAUGACCAGCUGGCUCCAGUACUACUUCUCGGCUUCUUUCCCAUCGCCCACCUCGGCGACGACCACGAUGUCGCUCGAUUGGUUUCCGGACUAUUGUACUUACGUCCCUUCGACCACUCUCAGCGUUACCGGAUACUGCAAUUGCCCUGGUGAUAUGCCGUACAUUACCAGCCCGAUUGUCACAAGCCAGAGUACCAAGGGCCGUGAAUACACCACCACUAAGCCUUGCGGGUAUACUUCUCUGCCUCCCCUGUCCGCCCUGAUAACGACGUGGACUACCAAUUCCAAUGUCCGGUACCCUCACGCGACCUACAUUGCUGGAGCCGAGCCAACGGCAGUGACGGUGAGCUCCGCCUACUGUGAGCCGACAUUGAUGCCAGCGGGCCCCGAUCGCAAGGAGCUGCAAUCCGGGUUUCAAGGUGCAUACCUCGAGAAUGCCAUAAGAAAGACGUGCAAAGACUGGGCGGACAAAAAGGUUGCCUUUUACCCUGGAGUGAAGAUCGAUCUCGUUGGUAAGUGUGCUUUUUCCCCUCUUGGUUCCGCGGUUGCUUUCAAUUUGCUGACCUCUCUUCUCUUCCACAGGUCGCUUUUGGUGGGCCGACGGUCGCGACAGGGAGAACGGCAAGUAUGUGUCUUUUCCCUUCAAGGGACACAACCUGGCUAUGGUGGCCGAAUACGACGAACGGGCCUGCGAAGACCAGACGAACCACAACGUCACCAUCGGAACGGACAUCAGUGAGCUAGACUGCAUCGACCUCUUCUACAACCGGACCAUGUUGGAAUGUGAGUCCUCAUCCAUCUCAUCGUUCAUCUAUUUUUUGAAUGAAUCGAAAAUACUGAUUUGCCUUCCCGCUGCUGUAGGUGGAAAUUUCGUCCCGUCGCAGCCGGGUCAGAGCCCCGGGUACUACCCCGACUACGAUAUGGCCUACUACAGGACGGGCGGAUACCUGGCCCAAUGUAUCUAUUGGCAGAUGGGUGCGGCGGAGAGCUUUGAAAUCCACGCGGAUGGUUGGGAGCUGCCGGAGGAGUGCGAGUAUGUUUUGGGUUUCAAGGUGGAAUGUCACGAGCCUUGAGGGGGCAAGACGUGUGCGUGUGCGUGCAUACCGUGUGGUGAUGAAGCGGACGAAGGAGAGUAGGUUUUUGUUUUCUUUUCUUUUAGUAUGGAUAUUAUACGAUAUUAAAGCACACUACUGUUUUGGUGUAAUUUGGAUGUCUGAUUAAGCUCAAGCAGAAGCGGUUAGGGACGAUGGUGAAGACACCUUGAUUGGGCGAUGCAAUUGUUAAGAAGGGGUAUUUCUGUAUCGCCGUCCCCCUGAGCCAUACAUCGUUUUGACAAGAUGCCUGAGGCAGAAUCUCAUCUGGAUUCCCGAGAUUCCCGACGCAGACCUCACCUCUCCGCGGCUCUCUUCCCCCCUCUACACAUUGCCCUGUCCCUGUUCACCGGCAAAACGAGCACUUCCAACACUUCCGCGGACAUGGACCGGCUCAGAUCGAUACAGGAACGACGACGUCGCCUACGGAAACCCGCCGGAUGCAUGGCCGUACAGCUUGUCGUUGCACAAAGCCACCCGCUCCACGUACGAGACCGACGAGACGAGAUGUCAACAGCAGAGACGUCCAGACGCCAUGCAAGGCACACGCACGAUCAAGGAAUAUGUCGAGAUGCAGCAUCGGGCGGCAUCACGAGGAAAAGGAGCGUAG